AUGGCCCAGUCGUCCACUAGCCUCGCCUUUGGUCCAACAUCCCACAGAAACGAUUCUUCUCCCAACCUGCCGAGCGUCGAAGUGGCGGGCGCAUCGACGCUUCUGUCCAUGAACACACCCGAGCCGCCACGUCUCAAGUCUCACAAGGCUCUGCCUCGGAGCGGCAUUGUCAUUUCUCAAAUGAGCUCGUCUCGUUCGAUACCGGGCUCUCCGGAGUCGACCAGCACGGUCGUCGCGGCGCCCGCUCCUCCACUGACUCCGCCCGCGGCCCACCAGGACGAUCAUGUUGCGCAGGAACGGACACCGCUGAAGACGUCGACUUCCGGCAUCGACAUCACUUCACCUGGAUUUGUGACGCCGCGUCGGCCGUCAAAGCCGCCUACUCCAGAUGUGACACCACCGCGGACGAGUUCCACCAGGCGCCCAACCCUCAACCCCAUUGUGCACUUGUCGUCCUCCUCACGAGCCGAAUCCUUCCAAACCGCCUUGGAAAGUCUCUCUUCCGACGGCGACAUGGACACGCCAGUUCGCGCCCUAUCCCAACGGUCAUCUCAGAAGCCCACCAGACAAGCACCCGUGAGUAAGAAGAGGAACCACACGGCGAGCCAUCCCGCAACUAUCAACUCCGUCAAAGACACUCCACCCUCUGCGUCGCGAAUCCUCAGUACGACAGACUUCGAAACUAGGUUCGAGUCGUUCGAUGGAGCCUGGGCCUCACCCAACCAAACAGACGCGCUGUCAACGACUUUGGCGCAGCCAGAGAAAGCGUCGAAUGCACAAGCCCUAUCGACACAGAACACCGGCACUACUGAUAACACCCUCGAUGUGAAACGUCUUGAUGAAUCACUGAUGAGGGAAAAGAAUUUGCGUGAAAGGGUCCAUAGCAAACAUUCGUUGGAGGAUACUCCUUCGAUGGAACGUUUCCGCGAAGAAAUUGGUUGGCCCUCGUACGCUUCAGAGCUGUUCCAUCUCGAAGAAUCCAAGUCCCGCAGGAUCUCGGGGGUCUCCUCUGCCUCCACUGUGGAGGCUUUGAUCAUCGAAUCUCCCAGAAGAGUUCCUCGCUCGUUACGACACACGGAGAAAAGAAGCUCACUGCGAUCUGUAAGCUCACCUGUGUCCCGAUCGGGACGAACCUCCACCGGCUCCAAUGUCGAUUCGCAGCACCGCCUGCUUCACAAGGCAGCGCGAAUCUCCGAUCAAGAUCGCAGAAGCAUUGCGUCCGACGUCUCUUUCUCGGCUCAAGUGAACCCAAGUGCUCCACAAGCACCUCCUACCGUCAUCCCGGUUGUGGUAAUUCCCGAACGGCGUUCAUCUCUUAAAUCUGGACCUACCAGCUCCACGUCAUCUAAGCCUAGUUCACAGCGCUCUCAACGACGACCGCCACCGGUGUCGUCAAGUAGCUCUGCGGUCGUCCCCUCGCAGAGACCUCGGACGGUGUCAGAUUCGGCAUCUGUGCGCACCCGAGACAUGGACUCGAAAGAUCGACCAAUGGGUCGGCCGGUGAUUCCACCUCGCAGUUCUUCACUCUCCGCACCGACCAGCCGCAACAACUCCCGCUCUACUUCACUCACUUCUGAAAGUUUACGCAGUCACACCUUGGCUCUUGAUCAGGAGAUGUUCAAACGUGGAGAUCACAUGCCCGUCUCGCCGCCUCGCCACAAUAUUCUGGGCCCCAACGGCCGUGGCAAAAGCCUACUUGAGGCACCGAGACUGCCAGAAGUUGUGUUGGACGGCUCAACGGACGACAUGGCGACUCUGCGCCCGCCAUCAUUGCCAUAUACUCAGUGGUCGAUUCCAUCCUCGUCCCCAGGCCCGAUCGAAAUCCGGGAGGCGACGGCGGUAAGCCUGUUCGCGCACCGCAAUCGAUCGCUGCUCCUAGUUGAUCAGCGACUGCCUGCGAGCAACCGCACGACUUCGGGCUUGGUCAAAGAAUUAUCACCCCACGAACCUCAUCCUCGGACGCCAGCAGAUUCCACCGCGAUUCCAUCGUACAUGUUUGUCGAGUCCCCUCUGAAAAACCCACGGCCACCACCGAAGCCUCCUGUCUCAAAGCCGCUCCCACCACUUCCCCCAACAGACGAGGCACCAAAGAGCACAGAGGGGCCUGGUCUUGGUCGUCGGUGGACUUCCGUUCGGCGCACCUGGACCUCACGUCCUCGAUCGGACUCUUUCGGCGCCAUCACGCGGUCGCUCUCCAUGCGGUCAGCCAAGAAUCGCAAGGCCGGGAUAGAGAUGGACAGUCGCUUGCACCCUUUCUGGCGCCCUCGCGGAUUCUGGGAUGAUUUGCCAGUGUCGCCUGAAAAGGGGCCAUCGACCAGUCACACUCCAGCUGAGCAGAACUAUGGGAGCACCCCACUGGGUUUCCAUCACCCGCGGCUCAUUUUUGAGGGACCCCCGGUGAUGGAUCGUCGCAGUCCGGAGAUGAAGCGGUUCCUCGAUGGAAUGACGUCCGCCAGUCGCGGCAGUCUUGUCGAUACCGGUGGAAUCUGGCGCGCUGGGACACCACUGUAUCAAAACCGCUACGGUAUGCUGUCUCGGUGGCGCAUGCGCUGGCGGUAUUUGUCUGUGAGUGCGUUACGCGCUCGUUUUCAACGAAUGCGUCAGCGUCGAGAGGAGCGGAAAAGAGCUGCUCGACGGGAAAGUCUGAAGCAGAGCAUUGGUGGUCCAUUACAUGUUGUUUCCAGCGCUGCGCCUGGGAGUCUGCGUUGA